AUGGAAUAUUUAAGUAAAUUUUACAUAAAAGAUAUGAGAAAAGAAAAAGAAAAUGUGUAUUAUGACGAGGAUAUUGUAAAAAAGGUUAAGUUAAAAAAUUGUUGCAAAAGAUGGAGUAGUAAUAUGAAUAACGAAAACAAUUUUAUAAAUUAUAAAAAUGAAAUCGAUAAAAAUUCAUUUUUAAAAGUUUUAGAAAGAAUAUGGCGGCAUUUUUUUAACAAAGAAAAAAAAGGCCAAUUAAUUUAUCACGAAAAUGAUACAAGUUUGGAUACAUUACCAAACUUUUUAAUUAUAGAUACUGUAGCAAAUACUGAACCAACUAUUCACCCAAAUAAUUCUAACAAAGAUAACAGUAUUAUAAUAUCUGUAAAUAAAGAUGAUCAAAACUAUAUUUUAAAUGAAACCUUAGAUAUAAUUGAAAGUGAAGAUAAUAUCAAUACAUCUAUUGAUAGUAUAUCUGAUUAUGAAAACAGUUGUUCAAAUCCUUCUAUCUUUUUAACAGACAUAUAUACCCGAGUAAAAGUUACUAAAGAAAAUUUAUGUACAACAACAUGCAUUAGAAUAGGUAUAACAUCUGCAAUUGAAACGAAUAAUUCGUCUUAUAAUGAAAAUAAUAUAAGUUCAUAUAUUGAAGAUAAUAAUAUUGAAAAUGAUUCCAAUUUGACUAUUAAGCCAUCUACCCAUUUAUUUGAUAAUAAAAAGGAUGAAAAUUUUUAUAAUAAUAUAUUGGAUAAAAAUAUAGAAAUAAAAACAAAAAUUUAUAAAAAUAAUUCAUUAAAUAAAAAGCGCAUAAAUAUAUAUCACAAACAUGAUGAUACAUAUAAAUUUUACGACAAAGAAAUCGAUGAUUUUUUAAUUUUACCUGAAAUAAUAAUGGAUAAUUAUGACGAAGAAAAUAAUAAACAAAAUCAAAUAUACAAUGACUCUACAAAUUUUAGUAAUCUUAUUAUGGUCGAUAAAGAGGUUACAAAUAUCAAUACUGAAAAUAGUUCUGAUAUCAAUAAUUUAAGCAUCGAAAAUAAUAGCAAUGUUAAUAUUUUUUCUCAAUUAGACAUAAAAAAUAAAAUUUAA